AUGGGUUCAUCUGAGGAUGACUUCACCCCACUGUCUGAGUUGACCGUUGGAAUGAACAAAUGUAGAGUCCGGGUGCGCGUCUCACGGCUGUGGGAAUCCUUCAAUCCGAAAAAUGACAUAUCAUUUGGCCUUGACUGCCUUCUGAUCGAUGAUCAGGGUGAAACUAUGCAGGCACGUGUACUUCCUGACUAUAUAGACCAGUUUGAAGGGCAGUUAAUUGAAGGGAAGACUGUGGUCAAUGAGAUAGAAGGAGAUAUUGAUUCGAUACCCCUCCACAGCUUUGAGUUCAUUGAUUUUAAGAAUCUCCAUUCUAUGUGCGACGACAUUAGCAUAUUAAGAGAUGUUCUGGGCCACAUAGUAUAUGUUGGGGAUCUGCAGGAGGUCGAGAAAAAAUCCCGCACUAUAGAAAUUUGCAAUGCAACAAUUCAGAAUCUGAGUGGAAGGAAACUGGGUGUCACAUUGUACGGAGAUAUUGCUUGCGGUUUUGCUGAAGAUAUGCUUGAGAAAGGCCAAAAAGCCUCAGGUGUUGCUGUCUUUGCAGGGAUGCGCGUUGAAAGCUCACAUUCAGUUUGCUCUACAACAUGUUCGAAGUACUAUCUAGAUCUGGAAAUACCAGAGGUUCAGGAAUUCUGUGAGAAUCUAAGCAUUCAGCAAGAAAACCCUGUUUCAGAAAAAAGUCAAGCUCAGAAGUUAGCUGAGAGUUGGCGAACAAUUGAACAGCUAAAACGCCUCAAUCCAAAGGAUUACGACGAGGAUACCAAGUUUCUGUGCAGAGUCUCCCUGAUAGAUAUAGAUUGCACCAGUGGUUGGUGUUAUCUUGGAUGCAAUACCUGCUACAAGUCAAUGUACAGGGCCCCAAGAAAAUACAAGUGCAGCCGAUGUGGCCCGAUUAAGAGGCCAAUUAACUGGUACAAGCUGAAGACGAUGGUGCAAGAUGCCACCGGCACAAUGAACUUGAUGAUCUUUUGUGAGGUGGCGGAGGAGCUCGUUGGUGUCUCGGCGGAGGAGCUCGUUGAUGAGAUCGAGGAUGACGAGGAGUGGUUCACCCUGCCAGAUGAAAUCGAGGAUCUUCUUGGAUCGACCCACACCUUCCAAGUAUUCGACAAGCAUCUAAGCGGGAGCUUCUCGGUAUAUGCAAUCAUGGACGAUGAUACCGUCCCAGUCCCUGCUGCAACCACUAGUCAAUGCAAGGAGGAGAGUGUACCUGAGGGCAGUGUUAACGCAGCAGUCCCAUCUCCAGCCACUACUCAAUGCAAGGCGGAGCCUGGCAUGGCAGCCCCUGCUCCAGCCAUGAUUCCAUGCAAGGAGGAGCCUGUCCUUGAGGAAAAUUUUAGCAUGGUGGUCCCUGCUCCAACCACGAAACAUGAAUGCAAGGAGGAGCCAUUCCUUGAACACAGUGUUAACAUGGCAGUCCUUAAGCCAACCAUUACUCAAUGCAAGGUGGAGGAGCCUGUCCCCAAGGGCAGCGCUGGCACGGGAGAAGCAAGGUUGAAGUCCACUCGUCUCCAGAAGCCUAACAAGCGUCUGCUAGGGGAUGACUGGAUCAACUAA